AUGGAGGCAAAUUCUGAAAAUUCUCAAAGAUUGAAUGUGAUGCACAAUACUGCAUCAAUUCCUCAGGACUAUGAUCUUCAUUCCAUCAAAAGUGACCUUUCUAAAGCUAUUAGCUUCAAAUCUUCACAUUCGAAUAAUAAUUCUUCAAGUGAUACCGCACCAUUAAGAGUUUUAAAACAAAUACAAGGAGAUGAAGAGUAUAUGAUUGAGUUGGAGUUAAAUCAAGGUGGUAACAAUAUGCGAUGUUAUACUUACGAGGAAGAAGUUCCGGAAUUGCCGGAUGAUUUGGUCGUUGGGAAUGAAAAUAAUUCUGGCUCAAAGGAACGUGGCUUGCAUAGCAAACAAGCCUCAGAGCAAGAGAAACAACUGGGGUUAAACGAGAUUCAUGAACGUGCCCAACAUAUAGUAGAUCAACUGAAGCAGACAAAAGUCGUCCGUGAUGGAGUUGUUCGUAGUUUCCCUACGACUUUAUUAGUAGAAGGUGACGUUGUUGAAAUGUUAUAUGGUGACGUGGCACCAUGUAAGAUGAUGUUAAUACAAAAGGGACCCCCCUCGAAUGUGUCGUCUAAUAAUAUCUUGGAAGCUAGUCAUGUAUUUAAACCGUCAUUUUUCAAUGAUAUGACAUCAAAAGAAGUAUGGGAACAACAUGUUCAAAAUAGGGGAAGAUAUCAAUUUGUUCUCUUGGAAACUCCUUGGGCAAACAGUUUGAAAGCUGCAUUGGUUCAAGACAGACCUGCUACAAUUAUUUAUAAACAAGCAGAUGUUUUACGAAAAUUCUUUUAUCGAAUACUUAUCAUUGUGCUUGGACUGGCUGUUGGGAUCAACCUUUUAAGGUUUAUCUUAAAAGAGGCUAUCUCAGAAAAUGGACAUUUGGAUCAAGCUUUUGAACUUUUGGUGGUGUUUCCUAUUUAUGCUAUACUCCCAAUAAUACCAUUGCCUUUUCCUACGCUUUGGCUGAUUGUUCGUGCGUUAUGGAAUAAGUUCAGAUAUUUACUCACGAAAUGGGAUGGAACGUCACUAACAAGAUCAACGAAUUUGUUCGAGUCGCUUGGAAGCACUACAAUUAUUUGUUCAAUUGAUCGAGAAGGGACAAUUUCAUCUCCGUUUGCCUCGGUUGAUCAAAUAUAUUUCCCUAAAGCUAAUGAAGAUCCUACCCUACUUGAUAUCGCUGAAGAUCCUAGCACCGAAUUUGGUGUUAAAUUUGAAGAUCAAGAUUGGAAUCAGCAUUUAUCUCGGUUAAAACCUUUGGGACUCAAUCUUCUAUUAAACACUAAUUGUGGUGUUUUAAGAGGUCGAAAACGCGAACAUCAGCAUCGUAAAUAUUCAAGUUUUUGCAUUAAUGCAAAGACAAAGCCAGCACGACAAUCGUGUUUGUGUCGCCUAGGUAGAGAAAUUGGCUUUACGGAUGAUGCGCUAAAUGCAUUUGCAAAGAAAAAAGAGAUUUUUACCAUUGCCCCAUGUCAUCCUUCAUUACAGGAACGAAUUAGAAAUGACCAGUGGGAAGUGCCCAGUAUGGUUUCGUCUAUUUAUGAAGAAGAAGGACAAAGCGGAUAUCAAUUGCUUUCUGAUGGCAACACUGAAAUUAUACUUGAUAACUGUUCUGAUUAUUGGGAUGGUCAAAGAUUACAAGCCAUGAGCGAAGAGAUUGAGAAUAAGAUUUAUGAUUUUUAUGAGAAUUCCGUAAUAAAUGAUAUGCAAUGUAUCGCAUACGCGUAUCGACCUAUAAAUGUUGAAAAUCUCAAAAGAAUUCCAUUUUUGAUGGAUUCCCCUAAUGAUUCAAUUGGAAGCUACAUUGUUUUACCAUGCCCUCCUGAAAUCGAUCAAAUAGUUGAGGAAGAAGAAAAUGAUGAUCGUGACCUUUCUUUAUCACAGAAAGUUAGGCUUAAAAGAUUGAAGGCCGAUCAGUUGGAAGCUAAGCUGCAUGAUUUUUUGUUUGAUGAGAGUACACUUACGUUACAAGACGAGGAGACAUUUUAUCAUGAAGUUAUUCAGGGGCAGAUUUUUCUGGCGAUGGCCACACUUUGUCACCAGCCUAAAUUGGAUGUGUGCAAUUUUAUUGAGGAUCUAAAUUCUGCUGGCAUCCGGUUUGUUUACUUUUCACCAACAGCUGAGAGGGAAAGCAAAGCUUAUGGUGAACGACUUGGACUUGAAACGGAUUGGAACAGCUGUAUACUUUUAUCAUCGCCAGGUGAUGAAAAUUCAUUCGGUGACGGGUAUUUAGAAUCUCAUGAUAUUAAAGCACGACUUCCUCGUGGAAUAGAUAACAUAAGAGAACAUCUCGAAGAGGUGGACGAUAUUCCAUUACACGUGUCGUUAUUUGCAGAAUGCGCUCCCGAGACGACACGUGAGAUGAUCAAAAUAUUUCAAAAUUAUGGAGAAGUUGUUUGUUGCAUUGGAAGUGCAUUAAAUGCUUCAAAUACUCAUGCCUUUGCAGUUGCAGACGUGAGUGUCGCUAUGGAGCCGACUCACACUAGAGCACAAACAAGAAACGGGUUAUGUCAUUAUAAUGGAAAUAUGGAUAAAGGACAAUCUCCAAUGGCCCUUGGCGCUGCCUUUACCACUUUACCAUGUGGGUUAUUCAUGCACUAUGAUACUAGCCUGUAUGCAUUAACUGACGUUAUAAGAGAAGCCAGAAGAUUAAUCAACUGCCUGAGAAUGGGAAUCGCAUUUAUGCUCGGAACUUAUUUAUCAAUAUCCUUGCUCUUGUUAUUCUCGUACAUUUUAUUUCUUCCACCUGCACUUACUGGAUAUCAUAUAUUAUGGAUUACUUGGAUAAUUUCUCCUAUAUUAGCGUUUUCUUUUCUAUUUAAUCCACAUGAAGCGGAUACUAUGACAACUAUGACAGUCAAGAACAUAGAACAUCUCAAAGAUUUGAAUAGAUUUUUGGUAUAUUGGUUCUUGAGGUUCAUUUUACCUGUAUUAAUGUGUGUCACGGUUUUUUCCGGAUGCUUAUACUUUUUAAAUCAUACGUUACAUAAUGAUCCGGGUGAAUCUAAAAUAUUUGGGUCUUAUGGAAGAGACGGGUGGUUGAGAUGGAAAAAUGAGCAGCAGUGGGUUGUGUUGUAUUCGCAGAACUGCACAUUAUUCAUAUUCGUGUGGUAUAUUAUUAUGUUAUCAUCCACAUUUGUUCAUCGAACGUUAUCUUUACGACAAUUUCCUCCGUUUAAGAAUAAAAUUUGGAUACUUUCUGUGAUAAUAAGUUUGAUGCUUCAAGCGAUUUUCACUACCAUAUCAUUAGCACCAGGACCACUUUCAACGCUUAAAAAUAUUCCAUAUUAUGUUUAUCUCAUCGGAUUCUUAUCACCUAUAGUUUUCAUACCAAUACAAGAAUUGGUGAAAAUACAUGAUAGAAAAGAAUACACCAGAUUUCAAAAGAGAUCCAAAUUGGAAUUUAACACCAAAUUGGGCAUGCAUUCUCCUGUAUAG